CAAGAAAUGUGUUUUUGAACCCUGGUGAAUCAACCAACAUGAAACAUCCAGAUUCCCCCGGGGGAGACGAUGUACCCCCGAAUCGCCUUGACCGGGGAGUCGACUGGGGGCGAGGUAGGCUAAGCCAGGGUAUCUGUAAAGUUGUCGGAGGUGAAGUUACUCUAAACCAAGCAGUGGCAGUGUGUGGCUCGGCCCGAUUUCUCAGAGUGAGUCAGUCUACUCCAGUCUCCGCGAUGGACCAACUCCGAUCGAACUGUGAUGUGGACUCAGACUCGGGGGCAAACUCACUCACCAAAUUCGACCCACUCCUCGCCGCCAGUGGUUCGCCCUCCUCGUUGCCCCAAUCGAUCGAGGUCAGUCAGUCCAAUUCCAACUCUCCCAAUGCGAGUCUCACCGGCCUGUCGAGCUUCGUCGGGAUCAACGUUUCAAAACGGCAAAGGUCGCCCAAUUGGACUACCAAGGAGGACGAACAGCUCGCUCGCUCUUGGGUAGACGUCAGUCGGAAUCCGAUCUUUGCUAGCGAACAACGAGGCGAAGAAUUCUUCAAACGGGUUUGCGAGCACUUUAAUCACCAUUGGCACGGCAACCCACGCACCCCCGCAGGUGUCCGUGAGCGAUGGGGGAUCUUACAGCCCGCCUGUCUAAGAUUUAACGUCAUAUACCACCAAGUUGUAGCUCAUUGUCAGCUAACCCUGCCCAGCCCGAGUCCGGAACAUUGCCGACGACUAGCGCACGAAUGUUUUAGCGAACAAACCGUCACGCGGACUCAACGACACCGACAAUUUCAGUAUGAAACCGUGUGGGAGAUAGUCAAAGAUACACCCCGAUUUCGAAUGCCUACUCAACCCAGGCCUGGUCCUAUAGUUUGCUCUGGUUCAACUCAUCCUGUCGCUGCUACGUUUUCGAACCCAUCUGGACUUAGCCUGAUUCAUGUAAACGGAAAAAGUCAACUCAGACAAGAACCGGACAUUUCAGCUGUCAGACAACCUAGCGAAAUCAACGGUAGAGGUUCACAUCCUUCUAUUACAGCCUCGCAUCACCCUCCCUCUCCGGUCGAAAACAAGAAACGAAGAAUUUCCGGCUUACAAUAUGAUGAAUCGGACCCUGAACUGGAGGCCUCGUCAAGCAGUUUUGCGCUUGAUGACCGAAGAAAUGAGAGGAACGGGUUCCAGCCAAGCACCUCGGCACUACACGACAGACUAGCUCUAGAACGCGAGAGAUUCAUGGCUGACAAGGAAGAGCGAUCGAGAGAAUCAAUUCGGAAGGACAAGGAACUUGAUUUGAGGAUCAAGGCAUCCGAUCGAGACGAUUUGAUGUUAGACCUGAAAAUCAUCCAAACCAACGUCGAUGAUUGCCCUGACGAAACUAGCAAAAGAGCGCUUGACCUGAUGAAAGCAGCCGUGUUGAAGAAAUACAACAACGAUCCAAGCGUCACUUGAUGAUCCGCAUCAGAUAAUCUUAAUAUCAUCACAAAAAAAAAAGGAUCCUUCCUCAGUGUAUCUGCCGUGGAGGACGACGACUCAAAACUCGCUCGCUACCCGACGGCAGGAAGAUGACCGAAACAAGGGAGACAAGCUCAAACAAGAAAAAGAUUUUCCACCAUCUGUGUAUAAUGUCUUCUAUGCGCCUUUCAAACAUCCCCGCAAGUGCUUGAUACCAUUUUUCGAUGACUAGUAUCCAUGUAUAUUUUCUCACUGAGCAUCUCAGUCUUUUUGUUUUCCCCAUUCUAUAUGUCACAAUCAGCCAAACUUUCUGGAAAUUACCAAUGAUGAUAGAAUACCCCACAAUUCAGGUUGGCUUAAUCUUACUUUAUCUUGUUCCCCAGCUCUUGUUGUUCGCAAGGCUUGCCUGUUGCAAUGAAUCUUCACGUUCCACUUACCUUCAUAGAUGAUCCACCUUUCAAACUGUGGAAAAAAGUCCAAUUCGGAGUAAUUACUGAUUGUUGGUGGCCGUGCUGACAUGGUAGUCAGAACUGUUCGCCCAUUGAAAGCAGGAUCUAUGUCGAGUGUAUCCUCGAGUCCUUAUCUCAUUUGAACCGAGGGGGGUGUCUGUCACGCGUGUCUGACUGAGUAUGUAAGACUAAGAUUGUACCUGGAGGUAAAAUUGUUACAAAUUGUUGU